CCUAUCGAAUUAAGCAACCCAACAAAAGAAAGUCCACAUUGUUAAUAAAUAAAAUGAAGAAUUUCGGAAUAUUAUUCUAUUUUCUUUUCAUUCUCCUUGCCUCAACCCAGCUGAUUCGCUUCUCCACAGCCGACGCUUCGCCGGAGGCCGUCCUCGACAUCGACGGCAAGAAGCUCCGAGCCGGCGUCAACUACUACAUCCUCCCCGUUUUCCGCGGCAGAGGCGGCGGCCUAACCCUAGGCAACCUCCAAUCGGAGAAAUGUCCACUCAACGUCGUUCAAGAACAACUCGAAGUAAUGAACGGAUUUCCAACAACAUUUCAUCCUGUAAACCCUAAAAAGGGAGUGGUCCGAGUUUCAACCGAUUUGAAUGUACAAUUCGAGGCGAGUACGAUCUGCGUGACAUCGACGGUGUGGAAAUUGGACAAAUUCGAUGAAUCGACAGGACAAUGGUUGGUGACGAUCGGCGGAAGCAGGGGAAAUCCGGGAGUGGAGACGGUGGAUAACUGGUUCAAAAUUGAGAAGCAUGGUAAGGAUUACAAAUUGGUGUUCUGUCCGACUGUUUGUAAUUUCUGUAAAGUUAUGUGUAGAGAUAUUGGAAUCUUCUUCAAGAAUGGAGAAAGGGCUUUGGCUUUGAGCGAUACGCCAUUCCCUGUUAUGUUCAAGAAAGUUUAAUUGAAAGAUUAAAGUGAAUGAGUUUGUGAAAUAGUUUGUGUUUAAUUCAUGUAUAAGUGUUUUAUCUUAAUUAAAUAAAAGAUAUGGUUAUUGCUUGUUUAUUAUUAGAA